AAAGAGCCCCACUAGUAGUCCCAAAUCCAUAUUAACUUUCCAACAAAGGGAGCUCUUCUCUGCAGUUCCACACUCCCUUCCCUUCAGUUUCAUUUUGUCUAUAAAGCAUCUUAUAUGAUAUUUCUGAAAGACUCUAACAAAACCCAAAAGCUCUCCAUUUUUGUUAAGCUCGGAUAGACCAUUCUUCAGACCUUCCAUUUCAAUGGCUAAACCCAAAAACCAAACAAAACCUACCAAGAUUAUCCACCAAAACCAAAACCACCAGCCUCUAAAAUCUGAGAAAUCACCCUCAUGGUCAGUUAUUAGAGGCAUUUUGACCUGUAGAGAUCUCCAAACACUACAACAGCAUCAACAAUUGCAACAACAAAAGCAGCAGCAAAAGCAACAGCAACAAAAGCGGCAACAACAGAAUGGGCAACGACUGCAACAACAAGAGCAAGCCCUGGAGGAGAGUACUGCCAAGAAAUGCAAGAAAGUGAAGUGGUCUGGUUCACUCUCUAGCAACACAAAGGUCAUGCACAGACCUGAAUCAGGAUCCUCUGAAGUCCACAAGAAAAGGGCCUCAACGGGUUCGAAUAGAAAUGAUGCUUCUACAAGAUCCCUGAAAGCUCCUCUGCGUGAACCCAAUAUGGUUCUUUCUUCUACUACUACUUCGUUCCCUGCAUCUUCCAAUUCAUCCAUUGGUGGGUCUUUCAUAGGAAUGCCUUUCAGUAGAUUCUCUGGCUGCUAUGAGUGUAGAAUGGUGGUAGAUCCUGUACUUGGUUUCACCAGAGACCCUUCUCUCAGGGGUAGCAUCUGUUCUUGCCCUGAAUGUGGUGAGAUCUUUAUGAAAGCUGAAAAUCUGGAGCUUCAUCAGGCUGUUAGGCACGCAGUAUCUGAACUGGGUCCUGAAGACACAAGCAAAAACAUAGUGGAAAUCAUAUUCCAGUCAAGCUGGCUGAACAAACAAAUUCCCAUCUGCAAAAUUGACCGCAUCCUGAAAGUCCACAACACCCAGAAAACCAUCUCGAGAUUCGAGGAGUACAGAGACUCCAUUAAAGCCAAAGCCACCAAGCUGCUCAACAAACACCCGCGUUGCAUAGCAGACGGCAACGAGCUCCUUAGGUUCCACUGCACCACCUUUGUCUGCUCACUGGGGCUGAACGGUUCCUCCAAUCUCUGCAAUUCAAUCCCACGAUGCAAUGUCUGCAGUAUUAUAAAGAAUGGCUUCAAGGUUUUCGGAGAACCUGCCGGAGGAGCAGCUGAGCAGGGAAUUUUGACAACUGCGACGAGUGGGAACGCGCAUGACAAAGCUGGAGUGUCAGUGGAGGAUAGCAACGACAAAAAGGCCAUGCUGGUUUGCCGAGUGAUUGCAGGCAGGGUGAAGAAGAACAUGGAGGGGAGUGUGGAGGAGUAUGACUCUGUUGCCGGGGCUAUGGGGCUCUACUCUAAUUUGGACGAGUUGUAUGUGAUCAAUCCUAGGGCCAUUUUGCCUUGUUUUGUUGUCAUCUAUGGAGGCUUCUAAUGUAAUCCGAUCCAACACUGUUGAAUAGAGUAAAUUUUCUUGCUUUAUCAAUAUCUGGGAAAUAUUUUGGUCCUGUUUUAA